UUUUCGACUCCAACGAAGCCAGCUUCGUCAGCAAAUCCGCUGCAUCAGAUGCUGGUGCUGAAGAACUCGAGACCAUGAAUUGACGAAAUCUACGCUCCUACCAAUCACCGCUUCCCAUUCGCUGUUGCCGCCAACGCAUCGGCCGCCGCAUUCACAAUGCCCGUGCCGACCGUCUUCUAUCUGCUGGAACACGGCUUUCCACAGGUCGUCCACGACAAUGUCUGGCCCAUCUUCUACGUCGUCGCCACCACGACCUUCUUCGUGCUCUUGAAGCUCUACACCUCCGGCAGGACGAACCCCGCCGAGCGCAACCUCCAUGGCAGAGUCGUCAUGAUGACGGGCGGCACGAGCGGCAUAGGCGCAGAAGUGGCACAACAGCUCGCAGCUCGUGGCGCGCAACUGGUCUUGCUCACGCAGGUCCCCGGCUCCGACCCCUUUCUGAUCGACUUUAUACAAGAUAUCCGAGACAAGACGGGCAACAACCUGAUCUAUGCGGAGCAAGUCGACCUAUCUAGCCUGUACAGCAUUCGCAAGUUUGCCACGAAAUGGGUCGACAAUGCACCUCCCCGAAGGCUGGACAUGAUUGUGCUGUGUGCAUCGACCCUGACGCCCCCAGGCGGGAAACGGACGGUUACCGAAGAAGGCAUCGAGGAGACGUGGAUGGUCAACUUCCUCGCCAACUUCCAUCUGCUGGGUAUCCUCAGCCCGGCUCUCAAAGCGCAGCCCUUUGACAGAGAUGUCCGCGUAGUCAUUGCGACAUGUUCGUCAUACAUCGCAUCUCCAUCACUCAAGGAUGGUCUCGGAAACGUAGAGAAGGGCUGGACUCCCGGAUCUGCCUACGCACGAAGCAAGCUCGCGCUCAAUGUUUUCGGGCAGUACUUCCAGAAACACCUAGACUCUUACAAGCGCCCCGACGAGCUGCCCAUGAACACCCGAGUCAUCUUUGUGGACCCGGGACUGAGUCGAACACCGGGCAUGAGAAGGUGGCUGACGCGAGGCUCACUUUUCGGCCUUGUCUUGUACCUGUUCUUCUACGCCAUACCCUGGUUUCUGCUCAAGUCGCCAAGCAAAGGGGCGCAAUCCAUUCUUUACGCCGCAAUGGAUGGGACGCUUGGACGUAUCGGUGGCGGCAGGCUGAUCAAGGAGUGCAUGGAAGUGGACUUUGCUCGAUCAGAAGUCAAGGAUGACGAAGUGGCCAAGAAGCUUUGGGAAGAAAGCGAUGCGCUGAUUGAAAAGACGGAGAAGUCCGCAGCCAAGAAGAGGGCGCAGAAGAAGGCCAACGAAGACAAGCAGGCUGAAGUGGACAAGGAGAAGGAAAAAGCAGCAGAGGUGGAGAGCUUGGUGGCAGCGAUCAAAAAGGGCAAGGAAAGGGAAAAGCAGCAAAAGGAAAAGGAAAAGCAACAAAAGCAAGGCGGCAGCAAGGGCAGCAAAAAGAAAUAAUAGACAAUUAGGAUUUGACCUUGAACUGGUUUUUUUAUACAUAUAGAUUUGCAUUCAAUAUAGCGUCAAAAUAGAAUCAAGAUUGUUUUUGCGAU